UUGCUUUCUGAACGCCUACGCCCUGAAAACGUAAGAGGAUGGAACUGAAAACUUCGUAUUGAGCCUCUGUGCUGCUUCUACCAAAUGAAUCGCCUUCUUCUUCUUCUUCGCCACCCUCUUCUACCUUUAUCUGUUGCCGCCGCCAAGUUAUCAUUACAACCCUUUUCCCAAAUCUAUUAUUCAUACACACGGAGAGGAAUGAAUUCUGAAAUUUGUCAUGGAGCCUCUUCACCUCUCACAACCGCUACAUUUUGCAUUACCAACAAAGACUUGUCAGCUAAGAAGUGUGCACCCUGCAAUACAAAGGACUUGCAGCCCAUGACCCAGGAUGAAGCACGCACUCUGCUUCCACAGGUUGUCGAUUGGGAUUUGGUAAACGAGGAUGGUGUAUUGAAAUUGAGGAGAUCAUGGAAAGUGAAGACUUUUACCAAAGGAUUGGAAUUUUUCAGGAUAAUAGGUGAUCUUGCUGAAGCUGAAGGUCAUCAUCCUGAUCUUCAUCUUGUUGGCUGGAAUAAUGUUACCAUAGAGAUUUGGACACAUUCCGUGGGUGGGCUGACCCAGAAUGAUUUUAUUCUCGCUGCUAAGAUGAAUGGACUUAAUUUGCAUGGCUUGGUUAGACGGAAGGCUUCCGACUGAGUUAUAAAAAGAAAUCCAAAAGACUUUGCUUUUCUUUAAAACUAGGUCAUGGGCUAUCCUUCUAAUAAUUUCGAAG